GAGAGAGAAAAAACCACGACAGCGACGUGACCUCUCAGUGUCCAUCCCUCUUCUCCCCCCUCCCCCUCUCUCCACCACCCCCACAAGCCAUCUUCCUCUAGAGCUCCGAGCUACGGCCUCUAGUGGCACUCCUAGCAGCAGCAGCAGCAUACUAGGAGUACUGGCUAGGCCUGCCACUCCACCCCCCCAGCCAUACGGCUACUCGCUGUCACUGAGCCGGCAGCAGCGGCCGUCCGCGCGCGCGCGCUCGCCAGCCAGCCAGAGCGGAGCCCGAGAAACCAACCAGGAACUCCACUCCCUCCCUCCUUCCCUCGCUCGCCCAUUAAGGCGCGCUUCACUCCGCUGCCCACCGGUCGCAACAGCGCCACGCGAGCUUCGCACGCCGUACGCUCUCCUCUUCUCUCUCGGCGUCUCCCCCGUAAAUGCAACUGCCCGGACGGUGACUCUCCGCAGCUCGGCACCACCGGCCAUGGCGACCACGGCGACGGCGGCGUACGGCGCCCUCAUUGCCUCCCUCCUCCUCCUCGCCGCCGGCGCCGCGGCGGACGACGGGGCGGCGCUGCUGGAGGUGAAGAAGUCCUUCCGCAACGUCGGCAACGUGCUCUACGACUGGUCCGGCGACGACCACUGCUCCUGGCGCGGCGUCCUCUGCGACAACGUCACCUUCGCCGUCGCCGCGCUCAACCUCUCCGGGCUCAACCUCGAGGGCGAAAUCUCGCCGGCCGUCGGCGCCCUCAAGAGCCUCGUCUCCAUUGAUUUGAAGUCGAAUGGGCUGACCGGCCAGAUCCCGGAUGAGAUUGGGGACUGCUCGUCGAUUAAGACGCUGGAUUUGUCCUUCAACAACUUGGAUGGCGACAUACCAUUCUCGGUGUCCAAGCUCAAGCGCCUCGAAACCUUGAUACUGAAGAACAACCAGCUGGUCGGCGCGAUCCCGUCGACGCUGUCGCAGCUCCCAAAUUUGAAGAUUCUGGACUUGGCUCAAAACAAACUGACUGGGGAGAUACCAAGGCUAAUCUAUUGGAAUGAGGUUCUUCAAUACCUGGGUUUGCGCGGCAAUCAAUUAGAAGGAUCCCUCUCCCCGGAUAUGUGCCAGUUGACCGGCCUGUGGUACUUUGACGUGAAGAACAAUAGCCUGACUGGGGAGAUACCGGAGACCAUUGGGAACUGUACGAGCUUUCAGGUCUUAGAUUUAUCUUACAAUCGAUUUACUGGAUCAAUCCCAUUCAACAUUGGCUUCCUUCAAGUUGCUACACUGUCCUUGCAAGGGAACAAGUUCACUGGUUCAAUCCCAUCAGUUAUUGGCCUCAUGCAGGCGCUUGCUGUACUUGAUCUGAGUUACAACCAAUUAUCUGGCCCUAUACCAUCGAUACUUGGAAACUUGACAUAUACUGAGAAACUAUACAUGCAAGGCAACAGGUUAACUGGGACGAUACCACCAGAGCUUGGGAAUAUGUCAACGCUUCAUUACCUAGAACUAAAUGAUAAUCAACUUACCGGGUCAAUUCCGUCGGAGCUAGGAAAGCUUACUGGCUUGUAUGACUUGAACCUUGCAAACAACAGCCUAGAAGGACCAAUUCCGAACAAUAUAAGUUCUUGUGUGAAUCUCAAUAGCUUUAAUGCUUAUGGCAAUAAGUUAAAUGGCACCAUUCCUCGUUCUUUGCGUAAACUUGAGAGCAUGACCUCUUUGAAUCUAUCGUCAAAUCAUUUGAGUGGUCCUAUUCCUAUUGAGCUAUCAAGAAUCAACAAUUUGGACAUUUUGGAUUUAUCCUGCAACAUGAUUACCGGUCCAAUUCCAUCAGCCAUUGGCAGCUUGGAGCAUCUAUUGAAACUGAACCUGAGCAAGAAUGCUCUUGUCGGAUUCAUCCCUGCCGAGUUCGGGAACUUGAGGAGUAUCAUGGAGAUUGAUCUGUCCAAUAACCAUCUUGGUGGUCUGAUUCCUCAAGAACUUGGAAUGCUGCAAAAUCUGAUGCUGCUAAAACUGGAAAAUAACAAUAUAACUGGGGAUGUUUCUUCACUGAUGAACUGCUUCAGCCUAAAUACCUUAAAUAUAUCUUACAAUAAUUUGGCUGGUGUUGUCCCUACUGACAAUAACUUUUCACGGUUUUCACCUGACAGCUUCUUGGGUAAUCCUGGACUUUGUGGAUAUUGGCUUGCCUCGUGCCGUUCCUCCAGCCACCAAGAGAAACCACAAAUCUCGAAGGCUGCAAUACUCGGCAUUGCGCUGGGUGGGCUUGUUAUCCUUCUGAUGAUUUUGGUAGCUGUAUGCAGGCCGCACAGCCCUCCUGUUUUCAAAGAUGUCUCUGUUAGCAAACCAGUGAGCAAUGUCCCCCCCAAGCUAGUGAUACUUAAUAUGAACAUGGCCCUCCAUGUAUAUGAAGACAUAAUGAGGAUGACUGAGAACUUGAGUGAGAAAUACAUCAUUGGGUAUGGGGCAUCAAGCACUGUUUACAAAUGUGUUUUGAAGAAUUGCAGACCGGUGGCAAUCAAAAAGCUGUAUGCCCAGUACCCGCAAAGCCUGAAGGAAUUUCAAACUGAGCUUGAGACUGUCGGCAGUAUCAAACACCGGAAUUUAGUGAGCCUUCAAGGAUACUCCCUAUCACCUGUUGGAAAUCUUCUCUUCUACGAGUACAUGGAAAAUGGCAGCCUCUGGGAUGUUUUACAUGAAGGUCCAUCCAAGAAGAAAAAACUUGAUUGGGAGACUCGCCUUCGGAUUGCUCUCGGUGCUGCUCAAGGCCUUGCCUACCUUCACCAUGACUGCAGUCCCCGGAUAAUCCACAGGGAUGUAAAAUCAAAGAAUAUCCUCCUCGACAAAGAUUACGAGCCACACCUUACGGACUUUGGCAUUGCUAAGAGUUUGUGUGUUUCAAAGACUCACACGUCGACCUAUGUCAUGGGCACUAUUGGCUACAUUGAUCCCGAGUACGCGCGCACCUCCCGCCUCAACGAGAAGUCUGAUGUAUACAGCUAUGGAAUUGUUCUGCUCGAGCUGCUGACCGGCAAAAAGCCCGUGGACAACGAGUGCAAUCUCCAUCACUCGAUCCUGUCGAAGACGGCGAGCAACGCGGUGAUGGAGACGGUCGACCCCGACAUCGCCGACACCUGCCAGGACCUCGGCGAGGUGAAGAAGGUGUUCCAGCUGGCGCUGCUCUGCACCAAGAAGCAGCCGUCGGACCGGCCGACGAUGCACGAGGUGGUGCGCGUGCUGGACUGCCUGGUGCACCCUGACCCGCUGCCGAAGGUCGCCCAGCCGCACCCGCAGCCGCCCAACGGCCCGAGCUACGCCAACGAGUACGUGAGCCUGCGGGGCGCCGGCGCGCUGUCGUCCUGCGCCAACUCGUCGAGCACGUCGGACGCGGAGCUGUUCCUCAAGUUCGGCCAGGCCAUCUCCCACAACACGGAGUAGGUCGGAGCCGCCGCCUUGAAGCCCGCCCGCCGCUGCUCUGGGAACUCAGGCGGCGGCGGAGGAUGAUUCGGGUAGUCGGUCGGUCGGUCGGAGUAGUGAGAGGAGCUAGGUAGCCCACAUUUUGUCUAAAUAUGUGCCGGAGGUUAACCAGAAAAGACAAUGAAUCGGUGGCGUUCGUCCCUGUAAAAAAGCCAUGUAGUAUUCUCCUUCUCUUCCUCCCCAUUCUUAUCUCUGACCUGGUAGGUUGUAAUGGAUCUCUCUGUGACCGUUCAUGGACUGGAAAUGAUGUGAAUUGCCUGA